AUUGAGUGUGCAGUUUGACGGGAGGAGGAUGGCGGAGACAAGACGGAGUACAGACAGUGGCUUCCUCGACCUAAGUUACGCCAAGUCCUUUUCUGGCAUUUUGAAGAUCGUCCAAGCGGUUGUGGUGUUCAUAGCAUUCCUAUGUAUAAGGUUGUCAGAAUGGACGGACAUCUCGACUUACCGCUACUUUGAAGUUGUGACCAUCUGGUUUCUUAUUAUGGCUUUAGUCUUUUAUACCAUUUACCUCACAAGACUUCAUUUGAAAAUCACUUGCAUUCACUGGCCGCUAACAGAAUUUCUUCACUAUAUUGUUGCUACAAUUCUGCUGUUAAUUGCUGCAAUUGUUGGAGCAACUAAGACUGCUGGCUAUGCUGGAUUGGCAGCUGGGGUGUUCUUUGGCUUUGCUUCAGCAGUUCUGUAUGGUAUUGGUACAUGGCUAUCCUACAAGACAUGGUGUGUCCCUCAACCAGCAACUGUUUCUGUAUAACUAAUCAAUGCCGGAAAUGGAGAAAACAAAGCAAAGAAUUCAAAUAAUAUCCAGAGUCUCAACUGUUUGCCUUUUAAAGUCUGAAGAUUCACUUUGUAAUAAGGACUUGAUGUUUCAUAUGGUAUUAUUAUUAUUAAGAAUUUAAAUAUUUUUAUACAUUUUAAAGACUGUCUUUUAAACAAUUGUGCCAAAAUGGUUGACAAAUGGAUUUAAAUCUUUGGACAAAAGCUUAGAUGGGACAUUUCAUUGUAUUACAGCUUGUAUUGUAUUCACAUCAUGACUUGAGCAUGUUCUUUAAAACAGGUGGAAUUCAAUCAAUCUUUACAGCCACAUAAUAUUUACAAUUUUAAGUAUGUUAAAAUCCUAGUUUGGGAAUACCAUUUUACUCAUCAUAGUUUUACCAUGCUAGCAAGUGUUUGCAAUUUUGUUCUGCCUAAGUGACCCUGAAAUGUGUUUCAUGUGUGUUUCUGUUUUGUGCAUUAUAUAUUAGUUGAAAGCACCAGUAUGAAGUGCCUUUACAUAUUUAACUGGUGCAUAUUGUUUGUAUGUAAUAUAUAUACAAGUUUAUUUUUUCUGGUCAUCCCCAUCUCACAUUUGUUCACUUCAUGCAAUGAAACAAGGGAUGCUAAAGUAUUUGCAAGCCUCAUGCAAAUAAUGACCCUUGAACAAUGUAUAUGAUAAAGCUGAUGGUUUUCACUGCUCGCUGACUUUCACCAGGCUGAUGUGGAUUUUUGUAAUGGGUAUUUUAUAUCCUUGUAACUUGGAUUUGUUGAAAAUAUUUAUAAUUAUGGAUUGUGACCAAAUCUAAAAAUCUCAACCAAAGAUACAAAAAUUAAAGAGGACCUCUUCUGUUGUGCUUGGAAAAAUAGUUAUUUUUCCAAAAAAAUAACUUUAUUUCAAGAUACAAUUUAUUUUGUCUGUUUGUUGUAAUCCACUAACUGAAACAAUUGCAGGAAGCAUGCAAUGAUACAGUUCGCAAGGUAGAUUUUUGGCUCAUUGUACUUGUACCUGCACAUUAGAAAGAGCUAUCUGAUCAGUCCCACUCCCUUGUUCUUUCCUCAAGGCACUGUAGUUGUAUUUAUCUUUUCAAGUAUGUUUCCAAAUCUCUUUUGAAUGUGACUACUGAGUCUCCUAUCAUCUACAUUUUUGGUAAUCAGGACAAGCAUUCCAGAUCACAGCAAUGUGCCAUGUACAAAAAAGUUCCCUGAAUUUUUCUGGUUCUCUGGUUUUUUGUUUGCCAAUCACAAACUUGUGGCUUGUUUGAUUACUGACCCUUCUGUUAUUAGAAACGGUUUGUCCUUACUUUUAUCAAAACCAGUUAUGAUUUUUAAAACUUUAAUCUCAACUUCUCCAUUCUGAGAACAACCGCAGCUUUGCAACACCACUGAAGUCCACUACUUUUGGUACAAUUUCAAUACGUCUGUUUAAUUCCUCCUGUUCUGCUCCUCCUGCAAGGUCUUUGGCAGUUUUUUAAAGUCAGAUACCAAGAAUAGAAUACUGUACUUCAGCUGAGGUGUAAUUGGUCUUUUCAACAAUCAUUGAAAGCUGUCCACUGACUGUGUCAGAGGUAUGAUAUGCACCCACUUCAGAUUUGUGCUGUUUAGUUCAUGUUGCCUCUUUUCAAUUGAAAUUGGAUUUUUAGUAUCCUGUGUUAAAUUUCAUUUACCUAUAUCAUCAGUUUGUCUACUUUCUCCUGAAGGUUGUUGUUAUUCUUCUCGCUAUUUACUAUGUUUUAGUUCCAUGCCAUCUACAAACUUAUUUGGAGAUGCUGGUGUUGGACUGGGGUGAAUUUCAGUUCCAUCACGCUGUAAAUUUUUGCUAUAACUUCUGUGCCUUACAAUUGUGCCCUCCACAAUCAUCUGAUGGAGUGGCACUCCAAAAGCUAGUGUGCUUCCAAUUAAACCUGUUGGCCUAUAA